CAGAUUUUGAGCGUGACAUGCAAUAACGCCUCCAACAACAAUGUCAUGGUUGAGAACCUUGCAGCUGAGGUACCGGCAUUUGGGGGGGCUGCAAGCCAUACACGGUGUUUUCUCCAUAUGGUAAACCUCGUAGCGAAAUUGCUCAUUUGCGAGUUUGAUGUAACCAAGAAAGAGGCCCACAAAGCCUUGGAUGAGCCUGAG